UUUUAACGCAUUUCAAAGAAACAGAAAAAAAAAAGAAAAUCCCACGAAAACCCUAACAGCUGACUCCUUCUUCACAUCACACUCUCCAUUUUUCGCCGUUGCAUUUCACUGUUACUUUCUCAAAAGAAUCCCCAACCCACGGGCGUAAACGAAGACGGAUCCGCCAUGUCAACAUUACUCGAUACAUGCAAGCUUUUAGACCAAAGCUCCUCAGCUUUAUCCACCAUCGCCGUGGCAGUAGCUGCCCUCUCCUGUGAGGCCGCAAGGGCCAACUUAUCAGCCUUCGACUUAACCGAUUCUGGCGAUGGGUCCGUCGCCAAAGACGAUAUCGGAGUCGCUACCGACAUCAAAGUCUUACUCAACGGCUCCAAGUUGGUUGCAAGUUCUAACAAAGGUGAUGAUAAAAUUAACAUUGAUUCGUUUUCUAAGAUUCCUGUUGUUAAUGGAAAUGUGAGGGAAGCUGUUAGGAGUUUGCAUUCUGUUAUUCGGGUGGUUUCGAACUCGGGAGAUAAGUUGGGGGGAAAAGUUUUGCAUUUGGGGUUUGAAUUGAGGAAUUUAGGGGAGAGUAGUUUGGAAAGAGUGAGAUUGAAUUUGGGUUCAGUUGGGAUUGAGGGUAUAAAGGGAAACUUUGAAAAGGAUUGUUUAAGUGAGGAAAGUUUGAGAAAUGGGGUCAAAUUGGCUGUGGAGGCAGGGCUUGAGAAAGAUUAUUUGAAGUUGGUGGAGGAGGUGGAUUUGGUUUUGGGGAUCGUGUGGAAAAUUGUUGCGUGGGAGGCAGUGACUGCAUUUUUCGUGCUUGAAGGUGGGGAGGCUUUAAGUGAGAAGAGUGGCGGGAAAGGAGGAGAGGCUGAUGGAGGGAAUGCGAAAGCGGAAAAGAAGAAGAAGAAGAAAAUUUUGUUGGGGAAGGGAACUAGUUUUAUUGUCGAGGUGCUUAAGGGUAGCAUGAUGAGUAGGGGAGAAGGGUUAGACAAAGUAGUGGAGGAUCUUUUAUCAUUUUUAGAUCCAAAAAGCCCAGAGUUUGAUGGUUUGUUGAAGACGAUGAAGGAGAUUUUGGAGAGCAAUGAAAGUAGAAGAAUCCCCAAGACUCCUAAGGGUACUCGUGAUUUUGCUAAAGAGCAAAUGGCAAUAAGAAAGAAAGCUUUCUCUAUUAUAACAAAAGUUUUCGAGAGGCACUGUGCCACAGCUCUGGAUACUCCUGCUUUUGAAUUGAAGGAGACUCUUACUGGAAAAUAUGGAGAGGAUUCGAAGUUGAUUUAUGAUCUUGCAGACCAGGGUGGAGAGCUUUGUUCUCUACGAUAUGAUUUAACCGUUCCAUUUUCGAGGUAUGUGGCCAUGAAUGGUCUCACGUCAUUUAAAAGAUACCACAUAGAUAAGGUUUGGAGAAGGGAUAACCCAUCUAAAGGAAGAUAUCGAGAAUUUUAUCAAUGUGAUUUUGAUAUUGCUGGCCAAUAUGAAAAGAUGGGACCAGACUUCGAGGUUGUUAGAAUUUUGUCUGAAGUACUCAAUUCACUAAACAUUGGGGACUAUGAGAUAAAAUUGAACCACCGAAAGUUGCUGGAUGGAGUGCUGGAAAUCUGUGGUGUGCCGCCAGCAAAAUUUAGAGCUAUUUGUUCAAGUAUUGACAAACUGGACAAACAAUCCUUUGAGCAAGUUAAAAAGGAAAUGGUGGAAGAAAAGGGGUUAUCUGUUGAGACAGCAGACAAAAUUGGCACUUUUGUGAAGAUAAGAGGACCUCCUUUGGAAUUAUUAUCGAAGAUUAUGGGAGGAAGUGAGGGUUCUGAGCUUCUUAAACACAAUGCCUCUAAAGAAGCGUUAGGUGACUUGUCAGUUUUAUUUGAAGCUCUUGAUAAGUCGAGGUGCAUAGACAAAGUGGUUUUUGAUUUGAGUCUUGCCAGAGGUCUUGAUUACUAUACUGGAGUCAUAUUUGAAGCUGCUUUCAAAGGAGGAGUGCAGGUUGGAUCAAUUGGUGCUGGUGGACGUUAUGACAAUCUGAUAGGAAAUUUUGGCACAAAGCAGGUGCCUGCUGUUGGUAUGAGUCUUGGAAUUGAGCGAGUAUUGACUAUAAUGGAAGAGAAGGCACAGAACCAGGCAGUUCGAGCCACAGAAACCCAAGUAUUGGUGGCUGUCCUUGGGGAUAAACUAUCCAUAGCUGCGGAGCUGGUUAGCGAGCUCUGGGAUGUAGAUAUUAAAGCAGAAUACAAGGUACAUAAAAAGGUGAUGAAGCACAUUGAAUAUGCCAUAAACUCAAAGAUCCCUUGGAUGAUUAUCGUGGGGGAGCGAGAGCUGAACGAAGGGAUUGUGAAAUUGAAGAACAUUGAAACCACCGAGGAGGAAGUAAUUCCCAGAAGCAAACUAGUUGAGGAAGUGCAGCAGCGGUUGAAGCCAUGAAAUGUGGAGACCCUUGUUCCUUUCUAACACACGUAGAUUCUUAAUAUUUAUUUAUUUCCGUGGUUUUGGAAAUGAAUAUAGUAUAGGGGAAUAUGGUCUUAACUUUGUAUGAAGUGAGAAAAGGAGAGGGAAGGAUUCCAAUUGACGGUUGAUAAAAUUGUACUUGUAUAAUUUUUGAAAAGCAAGCAGUGGAGUAGAGUAGAGAUGUCAUUGGAGACAUAUUUCUAUAUCGGCCACCUCGAGAUACAUUUGCAAAUCCUUUGCGAAUGUAGUUUUAAAUGCAAUUGGGUUGAAACGCUUAAGCCUCAAA